GACGACACCGCUACUGUCCGUGCUCCGCCGCGCAUACGUGAUGAUAGCAAUAUUAUUGUUGCAAUAAAAAUAUAUAUUAUUGUCGUUCGCCGAUCGCAGUGUGCCUAUCACCGUGAAUAACAUUAACACCGGUGCCGUAAUCGAUCGCGUGUGCGCCUUAACGCGUUGAAUAUAAUAAUCGAACAUUUUUUUAUUAUUUUUUAAUUUCCCGCGCCUUCCGAUAUUUAAUAUUUUUUUCCUUAUCGUCUCAUUCUUCGAUAGAAAGAAAUAUUUUAACAUUGUACACGAACGUCGUUUAUCGUCGUAUACACGCAAAUCAAUAUCGCAAUUAUUCGUUUUAUGAAUUCGCGCGCGUCGUCCGCUGCGGUCUGCCGGUGGUAAGCCGCGCGCGUUGAAUGCGCUUUGCAAACGGUUCGUGCGGACACACAUGCUAGAACCGACCGGAGCAGCAAAUAUGACAGUGUUAGCGCUCAACCAUCUGUUGCCGCCGCCGCCAACGCCGUCCGUCAACAACGGUGGCCCGCAACAGCAACAGCAACAGCAACAGCAGCAGCAGCAACAGCAACGCGCGGCCGCCGCAGCCGAGAGCAACGGCGCCGACGACGUGCAGCAGAACGGCAAGUCGUCGCGCAUGAUGACGGUCGCGGCCGCGGCCACCAACAUGACGACAGCCAUGAUGAUGGGCGGCGUACCGCCGACCAGCGUCGGCCACCACCAUCACCACCAUCACCACCACAGCCACCACAACCAGUUGCACAACAACAACAACAACAACAACGACGACACGGCCAGCAGCCCGCGAUCGUCCGUCGUCGCGGCCGCCCGGCCGUCCGGUCACAUCAAGUUCAGCGUGGCCGCUCUGUUGGCCGACACCAGGCCCGUACGGUCGCCGACGCCCGGUUCCGUGUACGACGACGACAUGGACACGCCCGACGACGACGAGGACGACCGGAACAGCGUGGACGUGGAGACGACCGACGGCGGCAUCCCGGCCGGCCGGCGGUGUUCGUCCGGCACGCCGGACCGCGGCCGCUCGCCGAUGCCGCUUCACUCGUCAUCGCCACCGCUGUCGCAUCAUCAGCACCACGGCGGCCACCCGUUCCAGCAACCCGGCGGCUCCAUGGCCGCCCGCGCCGCGUUCAUCAUGUCCGGCGGCAACGCGUCCGUUCCCGGCGGUGGACACCAUCACCAUCCCGUCGCGCCUGUCCGACCGACGCCGUUCACGGCGUUCGCCGCCGCCGCAGCAGCCGCUUACUCGGCCGCCGGCAUGCAGCAUCCCGCCGCCCCCGGAGCCUGGCACUCGCAUUACCCCGGCACGUUCGCUGGCUUCGGUUCCACCGGUCUCAACUCAGGAUCGCCUGAUUCUAACAACGGCGAACCGCCCAAACUCAAGUGCAACCUGCGGAAGCACAAACCCAACAGGAAACCCCGAACGCCGUUUACUACGCAACAGUUGUUGAACCUGGAGAAAAAGUUCCGGGAAAAGCAGUACCUGAGCAUCGCCGAACGGGCCGAGUUUUCCAAUUCGCUGCACCUGACUGAAACACAGGUGAAAAUAUGGUUCCAAAACCGGAGAGCCAAAGCCAAGCGGCUGCAAGAAGCCGAGAUCGAAAAGUUGAAGAUGGCCGCUGUGGCCGCGGCCAGGCCGCAUCACCCUCUGUACGGCAACCCUCACCUGCCGCACUACUUCCAACACCCAUCCGAGCUGUUCGGUCACCCGCACCAACUGCAAUCGCUCCUGUCGCACCGGCCAACCAUGGCGCACCUCAUCGCCCAAGGCCUGCAGCAGCAGCAACAGCAGCAACAGCAGCAGCAGCAGCAACAGCAACAGGGCCCGCCGCCGACGCACCAGCCGGCCGGCGGACAGGUGCAGCAAACCCAUACGCCGCCCGCGCGCUCGUCGAUGUCGCCCGGCGGCAGGCGGUCCGCCACCCCCAUGUCGCCCACCCCGUCGAUGGGCGGCGGGGGCCCAGGGUCCACCACGAGCGUCUAGUGUGGUGCGGCCGCGGUAAUCGCGCGCAGCACGGCAAAACGGUAUUUAAAGACUAUACGCGCCGCGUAUCUAUAUAUCUCGUUCUAUUUUAUUAUUAUAUACACACGAUGUAAUAUUGUAAUAUGUUAUUAUAUGUAUGAAAUGAUAUUCUCUUACACAAUAAUUAUUAUUAAUGUGUACUACUACUACUACACUACUACUACUACUACUACUACUACUACACUACUACUACUACUAUUACUACUACUAUCGUUGUACAUGGAAACUAGUCACCCGCAAAAUAGGAAAUAAAAAACGAACCGUCGUCGCGGAGGACGGAAGAAUAUUUGAUAUUUGCCAUAACCAAUAACUGCAGCCACCACCGCACACCGUAUAUAUCGUCAUCGGUAUACUACUAUAUCACUGUCAUCGAAUCUCGCGAUAUAAAUUAUAUAAUAUCAUAUAAUAAUAAUUACGAUGAUGUAUAAUAUUAUUUUUUACUGUAAAUUAAUAUUGUCUUAACGAGUUCCUCUAUAUAUGCAUACACGCAACAUAUAACGCCAUCCAUACCCCCACUCCCCCGCUGUAGGUAUACAUAUAUAUAUAUAUAUAUACACACGCGAAAAUCCCACUGGCCGCGGCGAGCUUAUGCAUUACGUACCGCCGCCAUGUGCCGAGAGAUCGUUUUAUUUUAUUUUUCGACUUACAUUAUGUUUAAACGUAGGCAUACCUUUAAUAUUAUCAUUAUUAUUUGUGUUGUUUAUUGUGAUAAGACUUUUUUUUUUGCUAUCUCGUCGGGUACAUUGCAAUAUAUAUGUAUAUUUAUAUAUAUAUUUUGUCCGACGGGAAACGUGCAUUACACGCAUACGAUUCAUUUUGUUUGUUUGUUGUAUACAAUUCUUAUAUUUCUCGCGUGAUAUAACGCGAAUAUAUAAAUAUAUAUAUAUAUAAAUUUAAUAAAUGGUAUUGCAAAUCGCGCGUACAUUUAUAUUCAUGUAUGUAAAUAAAGCCGUUUGUAAACUAUACAUAAUUACAACACGUAUAUCUAUAUAAUAUAUAUAUGACAGUAGACUAAUUUUUAAGAUAGGGUAAAACUGUGUACAAGUGCCAAUCCUAUUAUAUAUAUAUAUAUAUAUAUUAUAUAUCCCUAUAUGAAUGUUUUUUUUUU